AUGCAGCUCGUGUUAGGCCUUUUGGCCUUACUGCUCGUUUCCGUCAAGGCAGAUGUGUUCACCUCCAUUGCUGAUGUGCAAAAUCUGAUCAACUCUGAAAGAAACAUCCCACAGAUCCUCACCAAAUAUAUUGAAAGUGAGGAAGAUCGCCUAGAACAUCUUAAAGUUCUGAUCAGGAAAUACGAAAAACAGAAUGAGGAAGCUACGAAGACAGACGUCAAAGACCUCCUCAAUCCAAUCAAUGCCUUCCUAUUUAUUAAAAAGAAGAUAUUCGAUUGGAAGGGUAUCGAGAAAGCGAUGACGAUGAACAAAGCUGAUACAUUCCUUGAGCGCGUUGCCAAUCAGGACCAAACGUUCCGCUAUCCAACUGAGGUAAUCGCUCUGGCGAUUUGCAUCUACGUGGUCUCAUGA